AUGAAUCUGCUUCAAAGGCAGAGGAGGAAACAGAGCCGAAGUAGACGGGCAUUGAUAUUCAACACCAACGAGCCGUAUAUCAACCCAGAGCUCCUGGAACAAAUGGAUUCUGAUCAGAAACUGAAAAAACAAAUGGACAUCAACAUAUCACCUGACAACGAUGAAUCUGCAUCAAAGGGAAGACUGGCUUUAUCCCAGCAGUCCAGCCGGUUUGAGCUUCCCAUGGAUAUGAAGCUCUUAGAAAAUUUGAGUCCUCAAGAUUACAUCAGAAAGUACUGUGUGAUAUCCUCACGACGACAAUAUCUGUACCAAAAAAUAUUCUAUAAAUCCCGGGACAAGUCAGGAUACAUACCUGUGAAGGAAUUGGAGAAAGCUUUGAGGGAAGUUUUAGUCGGGACUUUAACAAAACAGAGAGUAAAAGAGCUGUGUGAUUGGCUGGAGAUAAACGAAGACACAAAAAUAGACUACAAGCUCUUCUCCGGCAUGGCUGCACUGGCUGAGCGAAUUCUCUAUCCCGAUUUUGUCACAGGUGAUACUCAAGACAUCCCAGAAUUCCAGAGAGACAAGAUUGAGUGCGCAGACUUCGGGGCGUUAUCCUGGAAGCUUAACGGUAUUAAGGUCAAUCCGUCAGUGGAAAGUCUCCUGAAAAAGAUCAGCUGA